GACGCUGACGUACAAAGUUAUAUAGAUUGUGGUAUAGACUGUGUAAAGUUAAAUUCUUCUUGAAUUAAGGGUCAAAUAAUGGCUUAUAUUGUGGAACCUGAUGUAGUUAGAUAUGCAUGCAUGUGUGGUUUAUUAAAACCCAUAUCCAGGCUAUAUUUCUGCAGACACUGCUUGCACCUGAGAUGUGGUUUUUGUGUUUGUCAUGAGGUGGAUUCACUUUUUUGUGGAAAAUGUUUGGAGAAUUUGCCUUCAACCGAAGCGAAACUGAAAAAAAACAAGUGUAGCAAUUGCUUGGAGUGUCCCAGUUGCCACCAACAACUUUCAAGUAAGGCAGCAACAGUCGCACCUAAAAAUCCUGAAGACCCCAAAGCUACUCCUAAAAAGGUCAUCUACUUAUGCUGUUUAAACUGUAGAUGGACAACUAGAGAUGUUGGCAUUCCCGAUCAGGAAGUUGGGAAAAGUGGUUGGCCUGAGCAUGAGAAUGUUCAUACAAAUAGGUUAAAUGCCAUCAUGAAUCAUUACAAGAAGCUAGUACUGAAGGAGAAGCAGCAGCAAAUGGAUAAAGAUAAGAAGCAGAGAAAGUACACCACUAGCUUAGCUGAAAGAACUGGAGUUACAGCGUCUAUUCUUAGAAAGAGGCUUGGCAUGACAGAACUGAAAAAUCCACUUUUAGAAGCGGACGACCUUAAACCGGCAGUAGCCAGUAAGGAAAUUGUUGAUUCAAUUGAACAUUUACUGACUACCCCAAUUAAACUUAAUGACAUUACCACCAUUGAUCAACGUUUGAAGUUGCCCGAUUGGCAACCAACUGCUGUAGAUAAAUUGUAUCCAGUACAUAAGCAACUAUCAGUGAAGCGUUCUUUGCGUUGCAGAUCAUGCGAGCACAACGUAAGCAAACCGGAAUACAGCCCGAACUCCAUCAAGUUUAAGAUUCAACUUUUCGCUUACUAUCACAUUCCAGAAAUUAGGAUUGUAACUGUCGAACCUUUGCGCAUCGGCAAGCAAUGCGAGCUUCUCAUAAAAUUAAUUAAUCCUACUCAGCAUCAAACUACUAUUACCAUUCUUCCCUUGGAGCAUUUAGAUGCUAUUCAGCAAGAAGAUACAAAGGUUAUUGAAGAUCCUCCUGAGACGAAGGAGCCGCUUUCCUUUCAAUUACUUCAAAGCUCUUUGACCAGUCAUCCAAGGCAAAUUAAUGCCAAAGUAGGUACCGACGUGUCUAUACCAACUAGUUCCAUUAUUUUACCAGCCAGAGAUGAUGCUGCGGAAUACGAUGAUACCGGAGAGACUCAGAAUUUUCAAGACGAUCCCAAAUUGGUAGUAUUCAGGAAAUCGAACAAGGCAGUGAUUAAAUUGCUUGUUGCUCCGAUGGAAAACUUGGAAUUGGGCGAAGAGGUGAUUGCUGGUUUUACUAUGCAGCAUGUUUACACUAGCACUAUUGCAACAACCACCGAGAACAAAGAGCCACAGAAGUUCGACCAUAAAAUGAAGAUUUAUUUAACCUUAGGAACACUGGUUGGUUCACAAUAAGAUGCUUU